AUGCAUCACACUCCAACUUACUCAGUGUUCGGUUUGGAAGAACCCGGAAAAAUGAGUUAUGCGUUAGUUGAAGAUCUCAAAAGAAACGAUACAACUAUGCUAACUUGGACUUGGAAAAGUCAAAUUGGGGGCAGAGUGCGAGAAGAACGGAGUUGGUUGAAAUCGAAAGAUAUUGAUUUUCCUUGCAAAAUCAUUUUCGAGCCUGACUCGACUGCAUUAUUAUGGUGUCAUACAGAGAAUCAAGCAUCUCGGAAAAGAUUUGCAACUGCACUUCAUUCCCAUAUGUGUGAAGUAUUCCGAGUUGAACCAGAAAUGCAAUUCAAAUUGUUUUUGGAUUAUAUGGAUGAACUUCCGUAUACGAAUACGGUUAGAGAUGUUGCUCUGUUUGACACAUCUGUAAAUUCAAACGUGGUUGAUGAAUUCUUGGAAAGAUUUCAAGUAACUCGAGUACUUUUCUCUAAAACCAUGAGAGCAAACAACCCAUUGAAAAAUUCAAACAGACUUAAUAAUCUGAAUAACUUAUUUUUUUGCUCAGCCCCCUGGCUCAAUGGUUCAAAACUGCUUCGAUGGAAUUUUGAAAAUUUGGUAGUUUACGAUACCGGACUCAUGGAACACGAUUUAAUAAAUUUUGUGAACGUUUGGUUGAAUGGAAACAAUACAAAACUACAAACAUUUAUUCAAUUAGGCAUUGCACGUCUCAAUAAUGUCGCAGUUGUGGAUCACUUUGAAUUGGAACCAUGGAACCCAGAAGUAGACCAACUUGAGUAUAAAUUGCCAGUACGCGAUUAUUGUGAAUAUCUACUCGCAGAAUUGAAUGAAACAACAAUGGAAAGAACUGGAGUUCUGGUGCGGCAAAGCGAUGGAUUGCGUGCAGUACUUCGAGCUUCAAUUAGAUUUUUUCAUUUUCACGUAUUGCAUGAUUAG